UUCGAUGUAUCCAUUUCGUUGAAGCGUAAGCUGAACUUGUAUGAACAAACAAGGCUAUUUAAAACUAAAAUAGAGAUACGUUCCUCUUUAUCAUGAAAAAAAGAUUUCUGGAAUAAUUUAUGAUUAUACGAUACGGUUUCUGAAGACUGUUUCUUCCACGAAUUCGCGUAUGAGGAAACUGAAUAAAUUUGAAGGGUCUCAGCAAUGACGCAUUCCGCAUACCAACGACUUCUCCUUUUUCGUCCACGUAUAUAAUUAUCGUGCAGGCAUCUCGCAGAUUACUACAGUCUUCCAAAACUGCAAAAUGAGAUUUUCCGAAUGGCAGCAGGUUUAUGAUAAUCCAUUCAUAAUUGCUUUAAUGACAAAAGAUUACAAGAAGGCUCGUGACAUUGGAAAUCGAUUGUUAAAACAAAAUCGUAACGAUGUAGAUGUUAUUUGUGGUCUUAAUAUUCUGAAGCACAAAAAAAACGAAGAGUGCGAAAGGUCAAGUUUAAUUGAAUCUGCAGACAAUGAACGUGAAAGAAGUGACUCAGUCGAUGGUGACGCUACUGAUUUUAUAGAUGACAAUGUGGAUAUUUGUAUUGAUCCAGAAAUGGCAGAUAAAAUCAUGUCACACGACACGUCUCUAUUGAAUAACAAAGCCAGAAUCAGUCUGAGUCAGCAGAGAAUGUACAAAGUAAUACCAAUAAAGGUGAAUAAAAAAGUUACGGAAGUAUAAAGAUGGUUUGACGAGACGGUUGACAAAUCGAUAGUAUACUUUCACAUAUCUACCAAAAUAUGAAUAUAUUAAAU